UAAACGGGGUUCAAAGCGAACGUAUCGGCCUUAACGUGGAGUUACGGUAUUAUUACCGAGGCGCGGGUGGUGUGUGUGUGUGUAUAGGAAGGGUGUGCGCUUAGGCCAUAAUAUAAAGGGCAUAUAAUAAAGAAGGAAGCCGAAGUGCAUAAGUAAAAAAACAAAAAAAAAAAAAAUUAAAUUAAAUUAAAUAAAAAAUAAAAAUAGUAAGCAAUACAAAUUGAAGCGAAGUACAUGCAAAGUGCAAUUUCAUUGAGAGCAAGUAUCGAAUAAAAAUCUGAUAAAAAUCUGCUCAGUGCAACGCUUAUAUCACGCAAUACAAAUGCAAUUACAGUUAUGAGUUGUGCGCGUACAUAUUAGAAAUAAUUUAUGAAAACAUAAAGCCGCAAUAAUAUUUUACGAUUAUAAAAAAUAUGAUCAUAUAUCUAACGAAUAAAUAACGAAGUUAAUUUUAAAACAGUAGAUAGCGAAGCUACGACGACACAAUAGCAAUAAAAUAAACUACAAUACAAAGUAGAAGAGCGCUCAUAAAUUCUAGUGACUUGCGCAACGAAUAAAUAUUUAUAAACUUACUUAGCGAAAGCCGCAAAAAAAGUGGUGCAAAAAUCGCAGAGAAACAAACAAAUAAAACGUCAGCGAGAAAACAGCUAGUAGAGCAAGCGUUAAAUAGCACUUGUGAAUACAUGCAAAUUAGUAAAGGAAUCUCAUAAGACAGCGCUUAGAGAACGACUAAGCGACAAAGCUAAGUGAUAACGAGACGAAAAGCAAUAGAACGAGUGGAGUAUAUACACAUAUGUAACUACACACAUAUAGUUAGACCGAAGAAUAUAAAGGAGUCAAAACUAGUGUGCAAAGUGCUUUACGAUUUGCACGCAGUACCACUGAUUGAAAAUAUUCUCACUAUUGAUUUAGGCUUUUGCGUGCCGAAUUGUAUUCGCUGCGUCGGAAGGGCGCUCUGCGCAUGGGCGGUCCACUUGAUGCCACACAAAAGAACCAACUGCAAUAUACAUUACAACAAGAUAACCAACAACAACAACAGUACGAAAUGAACAAUCACAAUAUGGCGACAACAACAACAACAAUAAUAACAUCAACAAUCACCACAUUAACAACAACAACAGGCACAACAAAUACAACAACAACCACAAACAUUGGCAACCAUCAUCAUCCGCUGUUGCAUUGCGAAUCGAAUCGGCAUUGUGCGCGUUGCAACACCGAAUUGGGGCGCAUCACGAAUCGCGGUGCACCGUGUCGCGUCUGCAAGUUGCGCGUGUGCAAAGCGUGUCGUGAGUUCACAUCGCGCACCACCGAUUGGGUGUGUGUGGUGUGUCACAAGCAAAUGGAGUUGCAAGCCACCACAUCCACUGGUGGUGAGUGGAUUAAGGAUUAUACGCGUGGUUCGAGCGGUGCUGUCGAUCAUUUGCCGACGACGGAUGUGCUGCGACGCAGUAUACGACGCUCCUGGACGAUAUCAAAUCCCGAAGACGAUUCUAAUAAUCAAAACCCACAAAAUCCCGUCGGCGACAAUCUGUAUCCACAACAAAAGAACCUUAUUGAAGCACAAUCCGCUGGCAGUUACCCCUCACUCAUACGCCAACCCUCGCAACAAAGACCACACCCCGCCCCCUAUCAGAGUGGGAGUGCAAUCGGUAUCAGCGGCGUGGGCACCACACAACCACAUCCUACAACCGAUUAUCUGGUGAAUUCUCAACGUCGCGUACUACGCCAAUCGACGCUACCGAGUUCGCUGGCCAACAACGAUCCCAAUCUGAGUGGCAGCGGUGCCAAUUUGGCCAAUUAUAAUUACGUGAAUCUCACGGCACCCACAUCACCGCAUCAAAUGCAAAAGAGUCCGAUUUAUCCGAGCGCCUACAAUAGUGAUGAUGUCAUACACAUGAGCGCAACUGAAUGUGAUAAUUAUACACAACAAAUGCAACAACAACCGAUGAACAUUCAACCGCAACAGCAGCAGCAACAACAGCCGCCGAGUGUUAUUAAUCCCCAAACGCACCAUCGCCUACAGGUGCGCAGACAAUCAACCCUCCCGGCUAAUCCCUGCCAACCGCCCAUGUAUCUAUCAACAUCACCAAAUCGCCCAUACAGUCGCUCACCGGAGCGUUCACCGGGCGAGCAACGUUAUCCGCCAUUCAUGCGUCAAACCUCCUUUCCGUGCAACAUGUCGGAGCCACCUACGCAACAGCAGCAGCAAACACAUCUUAAUCUAGGCACCGCACAGCCUAAUCAACCUUACCCCAGAAAGCUGCUGCCCACUUCGCCCAACUAUCAAGGAUCUGUCAUCUAUCAACAACAGCCCACACAGCAGCAGUCACCGCAGCAGGCAUGCCAAUCAAGUUACGACCCACAAGCUAACCAAACGCAACCCACUGACGAAUGUGACUACGCACAAGUUGUGCCCAAACCACGCAUGUUGCGACAGGCUACAUUACCCAACCCCGAUCAGCAUGUCAAGCUGUUGCCCACCUCACCACCAAAGCGUCAAACUUCGCCACAAUAUCGUCGUUCGCCGGAGUUUAUGCGCCAACAGACCCUACCCAAUCCGGAGGCUUUUAGUGGAAACUCGCUCUCUGUGCCCCCCGGACAGUCACAAGCGAAAUUCAUACCGCUCUCACCGCGUCACAAACAAAACUUUCUCUUUCCCAAUGUGCAGAAUCCGCGGCAAUUUCUGUCGCAACAGCAUGUGCCCGCAGUUGGCGCUGGUAGUGGUGAAGUGAUCGCCACCACCAACACCGCCGGUGAGCAAUACUCGAGCAGUCAAAGCGUGAACAUACAGUCACGGGAUCAUGCCAAAAUGAUCAAGGUGCGCAGCCACAGCAACGAGGAAUACUCGAUAAGCAAGCCACACCACGCAGAGAACCGGCGCCUACUGCCAGAGAUACCCACAAAUCGCGCGGCCAGCCGUUCUCCCAGUCGCCUGGUGCGCCAAGAUUGUGUCAAAGACGAUCGCAGCAAUGCGACCGACUCGAGUGCCCGACAGUUCAAUCAAUUCCAGAAUCUCGCUGAAGAUGCGGAUAAUCGUCCCGAGUAUAUGGACUACUUUGGCGACAGCACCAGCAGCUUCUUGGAAGCCGAUGAGGUACAAUACGAGAAGAACUAUAAUGCGGGCUUCAGCAGCGAACCGCGUAUAAUCUACAAUGACGGCUCCGACGAUGGCAGCUACACACAAUACCAGCAUCCCAUAGUACAUAGCGCCGAGAAUGUGCGCACCCACGAUCAAAGCUACAGCUACUAUGGGCCAGAUGGCGGUUUGAGUGGCCAACCGCUGACUACCGGUCUGAGUGCCAGCGGUGGCGCAUUGCCACGCACACCACAAAUGCAAAUGCACAAUCGGCUGCGUCGGCGGCAAUCGCGUGAAUUGCAAAUGCAACAGGAGGAGCUGGCACAUUUGAAUCGACAAUCAGCGCCCGGUAUAGCUACGACAGAGCCCACUGCAAUGGUUGCUGCAAAUGGCCUUGCCAAAACUGCGAAUGGCGAGCCGCACGACACGCAUGAAAGACGUAAACCCGAACAGAUGCGCUCGGUAUCGGAAGACGGUGCCAAAACGAGUCCACAAAAACCAGUCACAAGACGCUCGUUGUCACAUCCCGAAAAGGAGACACAAGCAACUAAAAAGGUUGAACCCACGAAAAUACCAAGCCCCAAACCCUUGGCUGAUAUUUUAGAUAAGACACGAACUAAUACGAAAAUCCCAACACCACGACGUCGCAAUAGUCGUGGCACAAAUGGUGCUGAUGCCGAAGAUGGCAACAGCAAACCCUAUCCGAACGAAAGACGAAAUUCCGAUUUAUCCCUCAAGUCAGCAAUGGCGAAUAGAAAACACGAUGAAAAUGAACAAAAAACACAAUUUUCGCAUAUUAAAGAAAAUGGCAACAACAAAUCACCAGAACAACAACAAAAGGAUAUAAAUGAGAGUAGCAAAGCAAAGGACAAUAACAACAGCGAUCAAGCAAAAAGUGCUGAAGCAACACAAGCAGAGAAAUCAACAAAUGACACAACCGAGAGCAGUAAAGGUGCCAUAGUGGAGGGCAAAACGUCGCUACCCAAGCAACACACCACCACUUUGGGUGAACAGGAGAUCCAGAAUGCUGUUGAGGCGGCCGCUGUCAUCUUCAAGAAAGUCGUACUGCAACGUCGACAGGAGAAAAAGGCAGCUGAAGAGGAUAUCUACGACAUGGAAACUUCUUCAGAAUUGGAACUAAAGUCGAUCACUUUCAAUCACCAACACUACAAUAUGGAUGCCGAAGAAUUUAAGCUUGUCUUCAUUAAUUCCUCCGACUCAUCAUCUUCCGGCAAGGACGAGGAGUUCGAAGAUAGCAGCUCCACCACUUCAUCCACGCACAACUAUAGCAGCAUCACCAUAGACGAUUGCGAUUGGGAUUACUUUGAGCCGUCAAUGAUUUGCACCAGCGGCUCCAUAACCAAGCAAAUCAUCUACUCACCGUGCGCCUCGCCGUUGGUCACGCGCCGCAGCGCUGUAAUGCGUGACUUCAAGUCUAGCGAGAGCACUGCCUCGCCCACCGAAUCGCCGCUGCCAUACCGCAAACCACUUGUCUAUUGUCCGCGCAUACGGGAAAGUGACACCGGCACCGAUGAGGAGCUGCUCAUGCAAGGUGAAAGUUCUUCACAAACCAGCUCUGAUGGCUAUUUUGUGCGUGCACCAGCCAGCACUACGUCGAACGUCAGCAUGACUGGACGGCUGCAGCAUCAGCAGCCGCAGCAGCAGCAGCAACAUCAUCAGUUGAGCAUGAAGACACGCAUCAAAACGCGUUUUGUGGGCAAAGAAAGCAAACAUCACCAUCAUCAUCAUCACUAUCGACAUCAUCAUCAUGCCGCCGCCAAGCAAAUAUCGGAGAGCGCAGCCACACCGCCACUGGGUGUCUGCAGUUGUGGUGGCGUUACCCAAACGCCGCUCCCCGCACCGCCACAACCGCAACCACAAUAUGUGCCCAUACCAGUGCCGGUGCCGAUACCAGUGCCCAUGGCCGCCUUUCACAGCUGGCACCCCAACGAACUCUUGUUGAAGGGCGCCGCUAAUACACAUGCCGCCAGCCACUCAGAUAUACUAAAUAUUAUGGACAAAGAUGAGCAAUUGCGCGCAUCUUUGCAGAAGCUCUGGUGCACUGCCGGGCCCGGUUUGGCUCAACACACGGACGAGGCAGCCACAAAUCUACAAGCAGCCGCCACCGCCGCAGUAGUCGCGGCCUAUUCGAAUGCGGCAAACUAUCAACAGCUGAGCGCCGGCAAAUCCGCUGAACUAACUGUUGAUGAAGCUGGUGGUGGCGUACCCGUGUUGGGUAUGCAGUCGAGGCUGGCGCGCGCCGGUUUCAAGUCAUCCACACCAGAAUUGAGCGCCUCCAUGUACUCACAGUGCUCGUCAUCCGGAUAUGGCACCACAGCCACAGCCGGUAGUUUGGAGACGUUGACCAGCAGUGGUUUGGGUGAAUUCGGCAGUUUGAGCCGGUUUGCGGCAAACAGCCUGCAGCAGCAACAGCAAACAAUCUACCAACAACAACAACAAUAUCAGUCAAAUAAUAACAGCAACAACUCUGGCAUACAAACCACCAACACACAACAACAGUCCGCGGCAGCUGCCAGUAAUGAAACAACCAACAAAACACUACUAACUUGUACCAACACAAACAACGGCAACAAAUACACCAGUAUCGAAGCUAAAUACGGCGAACAGUUGGCGUUUGGUUUGCGCGAACCACCAAUAUUAGUAGCAACAAAACCGUCGACGCGUUCGAGUCGUGUAUUCAAUGAGACGGAUCAGCACGUUUUUGCUGUGGUGAACGCGUGUGAAACACAUGAAAAUGAAACGCCCACAUUUGUAGAUGGCCACAAGAGCACCACACAAACAAUAAUACCUACAGCAUCAACACAGUUUAGUGAUUAUAAAAAAGUACGUAGUCGUGCGCGCAGUACCGAUAAGCAGCAACAACAACAACAAGCAAACAUUGAUAUCGAAAUUUCCGCGAAUGUUUCAGCUGAUAAGCUCGGUGACUUCGCGACAGCUAAGGGUUUAGAAGAGGAAAUCGCCACUGCUGAAUGGCAAUUAUUAGCAAAUAGUUGCACAUCAACCAAUAGCUCCGCUAGCCAACGCUUCCCAGAAUACAAUAGCAACAAACAACAACAAAAACAACAGCAACAACAACAACAGAGGUUAUCAUUAAAAACAGCUGAAAAGAGUGUGUGUGAGCCAAACGAGUUUGCGCAUUUGCAAGAAAAACUUGCAGGCGGACAGGUAGGCCGCGACGACGACGAAACAAACAGCGGCUAUGUUAAAACUUGUACUGCCAUACGCACGGCAAACAUAGUGAACCAACAGCAACAACAAUACAAUAAUACCAACAACAACAAUAAGAGCAAUAACAAAAACCAGAAAAAUAAAACUUAUAUUAAUAGUGACACAGACAAAGACUGGAGCAGUGCGAUUGCUGAAAAGACGAAUGAGGCGUCGUCAUCAUCAUCGUCGUCGUCGUUGUCGUCGUCACGGAGUGACCAGAAUAUAAAACAAACAAACAGCAGCGCGCUAGCCAAACAAGUCGUGAAAGCAACAACAACAUCAACCAUACCAAUUGCUUUGCAAAGAACAGCAAAAGGUGUAACAAGAAAAAGCAUAGACGUUGAAGUAAAUUCGGCAGCGACGGCGACGACGGCGCGACUAUCGGAUGCAGCAUCAGCGCGCAGCCAAAGUCAGAGCAGCGAUCGUCUGACAGUAGAACAAGCAGCGCCAGCAGCAGCGCAUUGCUAUGACGACGCGCCAAGCAGUGACGAUGGUGGUGAGCAAAGCUUAAGCACAAGUCCGGCGCAAUGUUGUAGUCACACGAUUAAAGUGGUAGAAAAAACGACAGCAGGCAAACAACAAAAUCAAUAUAAGCUAAAGGUAGCAGCCAACAACAAUUGCACAGCGGCAAGAACUCGUUUGGCGAACAGUGUGGACGCCAGCACUUAUAGUAAUUCAACCACCACCAACACUACCAGCACUAGCACUACUUGGACUAACCACAACACCACUGGCAGUAGCAGCAAGAGUGCUGCGCAGGUAAACGCUGACGUCGGUGACGACGUUGAUACAGAGGAAAAGGUGGUUGUUUCGCGGAGCGGAAAUAGCAAUGUUGCUAAAGCGCACAGCGUCAGCGCGACAACUAAACACUACGUGCAUAACGCCAACAGCGCCGCAGAAGACGUGAAAGGAAUUGAGCAAGGCGCAGUUGGCAGCAGGCGUCAGCGUGUAGCUGAAACUAGUUAUCGUCUGAACAGUAAGGCGAGCACUUGUAAGACUGCAGUGAAGGCGACCAGAACUACCGCAGAACGAUCUGCACAACAGCUGGAGGAAAAUGUUGAAUUACUAUUGUUAAUACCACUGCAAGAGGAGAACAAACUUUUCGAGCAACAACAUUACAGAAAUACUACAACAAAACGCGGCAAACAAACGAAAUCCUACAGCGCCAUGAUUUCGAUUGGUAAAUUGAAGAGCGACGCCACAACGGCCGGCGGUUAUCUACAAAGUGAAAAUGUAUUCUCUUCUUCAGAUGCCGAAUCGGCCGAUAGCGGCGAUACAGAUACCGAUUUGAGUGACUGUAACGAUAAUGAAUAUAUGUCAAAGAAACGCGCGUCCACAGCCGCAGGAACUGCGUCCAGCGCGCGACGUUCUGUGCAGCGCAGUUAUGACAUCGCCAGUGUUGCGGGCAUCGAGGCGCUCAUUGUCAGCCACUUGGACGACGAUGAGGAUGGCGAGGCGGUGACUAGCGCGGCGGAUGAACCAUAUGCGCGUGUUAGACGCACACAUUCGCGCAGUUCCGCGACAUCCGCGAAGGAUCAAAACACCAAUACGAGCAGUGAGAACACCACAACCAACAGUUCGAGUUCAUCCGAGUCGAUCGACACAGAUGACACUGGCACUAUAGCCGACAGACGUCCCAAAAGCAAACAUUUCUCGAAAGUAUUCGUAGUAAAUCGUGUGCCGCGCGCGCAGCGACGACGUGGCGCUUCGACAUCUAGUGAAAAUGAUUCACAGUCGUCAGAUGCCAAUCUUGAAGACUCCUCCGACAAUGAUACAGACACAGAGCGUCCCGAUUGUGGCAUUGUCUUGAAUUCGAUGAAGGUCAUUAGUGAGGAGGAAGCGGGCGCCGCGGCAAGCGGCUGGCAAAUGGCGAAUGAAAGUGAGAGUGAUGACACAAGCACAAGCGACAAUGAACGGAAUGCACAUAAUGAUGCUGAGUAUCAAAGCGACAAUGAUGAUGACGAUGAUGAUGAUGUUGCCGAUGAUAAACGUAUGUGUAAUGUUGUGAAAAGUGAACGCGGACAUGUUGCUAGCAAAUAUGUGGCAACAUCGGCCGAUGAGAUUGCCAAUUGUAUUAUUGUCGUUGGCGGCGAAACCGAUAACGAAGCGAACGGUAAUGGCGGUGUGGUGUUGCAUGCGAUACGACUGUUGAACGAUGAGGAGGCGGAGCGGCAGGCGCUCGCGGAACGCGAACGCGAUUUUAAAAAGACCACAGCGGCGUCGGGCAGUAGUAAUAGAGCGCGCACUAUUGGUGGCACAGUUAAUAAGAAAGUGGCAAGUGAGACAGACAUGGCCAGCGCCAAUGGCAACAAAAGCAUAAGCAAAGCAAAUGAACGCAAGCAAAGCGUUGAAGAAAGCAACAUGCAAUGCAAAAAAUCAAAUGAACGUACAACGAAACAAUUAGAGCAAUUAAAAACAGCGCACGCCGCCGAUAUAAACACAACAUCAACAACAAUGCAAACAGAUUUUACAACAAUGGCAGCAAGAAAUCAAGUAGCAAUGAAAACAGAUAUAGACAACAAAACAGCUGUUGCAAUGCCAAAACAUGCCACAACAACAACAAAUACAGCAGACGCGCCAGCGAUUUCAUUUGAUUUCAGCGGAGCAACAACAAUAGCAGCAGCAAACAAAUGCACUGGCACUGGCGAAACGCUGAUGCGCGCCGUUGAUGACGGUGGCGUAAGCGCACCAACAACUGCACAAGAUUGGGAAAUAGACACACAAGAAGCUUGCGAUGAGUUGCAUAGCAUUUCAAAUGACGUUAAUCGCUUGUUGGCGCUGACAAAACAGAACUCAGAGCUCGAAUUGAAAUUGCAAAAGUUACGACGCGGCGUACAAGAAAUCAACAAAGACCAUCUGUCUUCGACCAGUAACGCUGAGGGCGCACUAACUGCUACUACAAUUACGCCGCAUAGCAUUUCAAAGUCUUCUUCCACCGCUACCACUACAACCAAUAUCACAGUGACGGUGACAUCUGAGCGCAGCUUAAGAGAUGGCGACAAUGGCGCGGUACAGAAUAAAAAACGCGCACAAAAAAGCGAUGACGCGCACACCAUUGUUGCUGGUUGCAUUGAUGACGCAAUUAAUAGGGACGCGCACAGUGUUGGCGACCGCGAGGUGCGCGACGCGCAACCACUGGCAGCUGCUGGUUUUGCGCGCGGCGACGAAACGCGAGCACAGCGCCAACAGCAUUACGAGUGCGAUAUGGUUGUGCAUGAAGCUAAAAAUAGUUUGCAAACAGGUUGUGCUACAACAAGUACAGAAACAACUAGAACAACAGCAAACAACACAAAGCUUGCGACUACAACAAUGGGGGAAGCAAUAAUUGUUGGAAACAACGAACUGGCAGCGCAUGAAAACUGCUCGAGUGUAGACGGCGCGGCUGUGGUGGACGAGAGGAAGCGUUUGUUAGAAGCAGCGCGCGUAGGCAAGGCAGUAGAGGGAAACCACGAAUGCAGCGAUAGCGCGGCACAAAACACUGCAACAGAACACGCCAAAGUGGUGGAAGAAAAUACAGAAAUAAAUCAAGAAAAUGAAAAAGUACUUGAGCAACAACGAGCUACAUUACAACAAAAGGCUCUGCAGGCGAAUCAACUCGUUGAAUGUGAGCCGUACCGCUUGACUGACGCUCAGGUUGUUGGAACAGGUAAAGAGCGCCAUACUUCCGAGAAGCGCGCAAGUGAUUCUAUUGAAAAAGAAACACUGAAUGUGACUGAAAUAGAAGAAGAGGAACAAAAACAACAACAGAGCGCUUUGAAUACUACAGUGACGAAAGGCGAUAAUCGCAUUGUUGUUUGUGAUGAAAACAAAGAAACCGAGGAUAAUAGCACGCAAACGGCAAACUUAAAAGAACAGCAAAACAAGAAAACUACAACAACAACGACAACAACAGCGCAACUACAAAAGGUAGCACUUGAAAGAGAUAAUAUAAUUAAAGAAGCGCAUGUAAAUGAGCCAGAGACGUCAAACAAAAGGCCAACAACACUAAGCGCGAAUGAGCCGCAAAAACAGAAGACAACAGGUACAAGUACAGGUACGAGCCGAACAGCUGAGCAGUGCGCUAAUGUGAAAUACAACUAUAAAGAAAACGUAGUAAAAGAUAGAGGUGAAGAAAAACCAGCAGCACCAGUGGAAGAAGAAGAAAGCGAAGCAGACUACUUACAAGCGCUUCAACGACCAGCAUGGCUGGGACGAUUCAGCGAAGCGUGCAAAACGACUAAUGAACUAGCGCCGCCGCAAUCGCUCUCCGGUUGUUUUAUGGACUCGCUGGAACCAACGAGUAUGCCAGCAACAGCAACAACAACAACAACAAACAAAACAAGUGCAGUUGCGGAAACUGACGAGCAAAAGCAUAAAACACCUGAGCAAAUUGUUUACCGAGCUACGCAUAUGUUGAGUGGCGGCGGCGUUGCGACAGCGCAGCUCACUGCAUCAGCGGCUUGGCAUCCAAUACUGGAAGCGAAAGAGCGCGCACAGGUAGCUGAAGAGUUGAAAUUGCAAAUCAUUGAAACGCCACAAGAGCGACAGCGCCUACCUGAGAGCGGGGUGAGUGACGCGCUAGCCGAAGACAAGAUAGCAACAUCAAAAGCAAUAAUUCACAAUGCUGAAGAGCACGACGAAUGUGGAAACGUCACUAAAGUCAACAACAACAACAAGAAGAGCAAAAGCAAUACCGUCAAUGAAGUGGCUAACAUCGUGUCGACGCGUUCGGGCCGAACUAACGCAAACACAGCGACAGCGACAGCGGUUGUGGAAGCCGUACGCGCAGCGUCCGCUGGUGAUUUGGCCAACUCGUUGUGUUUAGUUGAAAAUGAAAUGUUAAACGCGAAAGACCACAACGACGACGGUGACGGUGUUGAUGGUGAUAGUGUGUUUGAUGAUAGUAACGGUGUUGUUUUGUUAGAUUCUACACAAAGUGGCAGUGCAAUUUUACAUAUUCGUAGCCAACAAAGUGCACAGGCACACAGCGCAGAAAACGAACGUAAUCAAGGUGAAGAUAAAUCGCUCGAAGCGGCGAUAGUGCAAAAUAUAUCAAAUAAUAAUAGCAACCAACAACAACAACAAAUCGGUGGUAAUAUUGUGAACGCGUGUGUUUUAAGUGUGGAAAAGCGCAACGCGGCGCAAAGUGCAAACGACGAAGACAACGAAACACAACAAAACAGGCUAGGCAAAAUUGAAAAUAGUAGCAGCAACAACAACAACCAAGAUAAAAGUGUUACAAAAGUCAAUCAUAAAAUUAACGCCAAAGUGGUGGUAGUGAAAAACCAAAUAAUAGAAAACGCUAACGAAAAAGGCUACGAGCGCGAACGCGAACGUGUACGUGAACGCGGCUACGACGAGCGCGCGGGUCAAGCAGAAAGUAUAUACGACGGUGAUUACGAGCGCGUAAACGCUACAAAAGCACAACAACAACAACAGCAAGCGCCCAUAAUAACGUCAUCAAGUGCUCGAGUGGAAUACGCUGAAGGCGAUAUUGGUGCGCUGGAUUCAACAACAGGCGCAGCGGUGGCGCACACCACAUACGCACCCUAUUUGAGUGUCAACAACGAAACCUUUAGUGGUGGCAGACAAUUCGAUAGUAUUUUUGGUGACGCGGCCGCACCCACCACGCGCACGAAAUUCAACGCCUCGAAUUCACCCACUGUCGGCAGUCCCUCCACUUCGCUUUCGGCCAAAUAUCGCAGUUUAAUCAUGAUUACAAAAGACAACGAACAAAUUGGUAGCGGCAAUGAACUGCUGACCAACAGCAAUGCCAGCGUUGCAUUUGUGGACAAAGCGCAUACCACAACAACAAUAACCACAAUAGAAUCAGCCUCUACACGUGUAAAACAAGCCAUACAAACACACGAGAAUCGACUCGCUGGUGGUGGCAGUGCUGGUGUGGAUGGCGCUGAUUGUGUUGGUAGCAGCGCAAAUGGUGGUAGUAUUAUACGUUUGAGUGGUUAUGAAGCGAACGCGCCGCACAGCAAUAGCAGUCAUGCAAAUCACGUUAGUAAUUCCCCCGCAGUUUCUACACAGCCAAGAACAAGUUUUAGCGAAAUGCGCAGCAUAGCCGCAAGAAACGCUAAUAACAACAAUAGCGUAGAUGGCCAUGAUGACUCACAGAAAGCGCCUUCCGCCGCCUCCCUGCUGUAUGUAUCGUCAGCUGUUCGUAAUACGAUUAGCAACAACAACAACGAUAAUAGCAGCAGGGUGACGUUGUCUUACGACACGAGCGCCAGCGAACGGUCACAUUUUCCCGUGAAUACAGUGGAUUUGUUACGCGAUCAGAAGAUUAUCUACGGUGAUUCGGAAGAGGAAGAUUUCGACAAUCUUUCAAAUGGCCGUGGCAGUGGUCGCAGCAGUAGAGCGGAAGGCGCGGAAGAUGAUGCGGAUUUUCUAGAUAAUGAGCAUAACUCUAAGACGAAAGGCGGUUGCUUGGAAGAUGGUCUGGCGGACGAUGACUCUUGGGUAGAGGAGAUCAGUCAUCGUGGUGAUGAAGAUUUCGGCGAUGACACGACACCAACUGCAUCUGAUUCGGAGGAUUUAAGCAUGGACGGUGAUGACACCGUGGCGGCGAAUGGCAUGUUUAUCGAUCGUGAAGAGGAAUUGCGUGGCUAUCAUCGUUCCACUAUUGAUUUCACUUUGCAUACGAUAGUUGAGGAGAGUUGUGAAGAAAGUGAGGUCGCUUCAUUGCGUGGCGUCGAAGAUUGUGGUGAGGAGUUGGAUGAAUUAGAAAGACGUCGUCAACGCACGAUCAAUCAUCAUAAUCGCUUGUCGGCAUCCGAUUUGGAAAAGUAUUUCUUCUUCGAUCUGGGUGAUGGCAAAGUGAUGAGUUCGAUUGAUACGCGUGGCGACGAUACAGCAUCUGAGGUGAGCAGUGAGUGUUCGGAAGGCCUGGAUUCGCUUGGCGUACCGGAAGAGAAUGCGAACGAUAGCAAUAGUGCCGCAGAGCUCGCAUCAUCGCGUUUAGAAAAAUACUUUCUUUCCGGUUUUAUGGGUUUUAGCGCAAGCGAGAAAAAUGAGUCGGAUGAGAGUGGUAGCGUGGGUAGUGAUAGUGAGGGACAUCCGAGUCCCAGCCAGCGACGUAAACGUUUGGUACGUGCACGUGGCACACCACGCUCACAUAAUUCCUCUUUGGACAAUCUGCUGGUCGAUUCGCAAUCCUUGCCUACCGAUUCACUUGAGCCGAGUCUUAUGCCGUCCACUGCCAGUGAUCUGUUAGACUCUUCCGAAUCGGAAGCUUGUGAUGAAACGGUGUUGCAUGUGAGCAGCGGUGGUGAAAAGGCAUUCGAGAGCAAUUCUUCGGAUACUAUAAAACGUAAGAAACAAGUGCGUAAGCGUCAUGACUCUUUGGAUGAGAAGAAGUUGCAUGACUCUGCUGAGGAUGCUAGUAAAUUGGGUGUGACGAACGCAGAAUGUCGCACACCCACACCCGGCUCAAUUAGCAGCUCGCAAGCGAAGAAACAACAACACCAUAGUCGUGAUAGCGGUUUUGUGGGCAGCAACGACGAUUUGCUCAAAUCUCCAGACUCCGAAUUGCCAACGACUAGUGCGGCAGUACGCACCAAAUCGCCCACAGCGCUUGAGCAAAUUGAAGAAGUCAAGGAAUCACCACUAAACACAAGCAGUACAACUAUUAUUCUACCGGAGGUGCGUAUUACCACACCGAAUGAUUCAACAACAACGCUGCAGCCAGAUGGACUCUCGCUCAAGCCACCACUGCCACCCACAGCCAAUGCAAGUUUGGUACGAAAGGAUAGUUUCAACAACUGGAGCUCGGAUGAAGAAACCAACUUGAUGAUGUCGAAGAUGCGUCAAUUUUUCAAAACACUUGUGGUUGCCACUGCCAAUGCGCAACAGAAUUAUGGUUCUGCGAAUAACUCAAAGGGUACAACACCCAAUCAAACCACACCGAUUUCGGUACGACGUAUGAAGACAAGACCGCAACUGGCUUACUUCGAGAAUGAGCUCACGCGUCUGAUGAAAACUGUGCCGGGCAUAAAUGACGAACAGGUGCGUGAAAUCGUCGAGUACUUGAGCAGUGAGGACACAUGGUCCGACUCAUGUGAUUCCUCAGAUUAUACUAGUUCCGAUCUCGAAGGCAGCAAUCGUCGCAAGGGUGAAUUAAAAGAGCAGAUAUCGGCAAGCUGUCAGCAAAUUAUAAACAAAUUUGAGAUAGAUGAGGAAGGCGAUCGUGGAGACGGCGGCCUGCUUGAAGUAGACACACAUGGACUGAAUCCGGACACUGCGCUGGUAUAUCAGAAGCUAGUGGCGUCAUUCUCGAAAAUAGCUGUGGGAAAUGCAAAUACUACAACUGUAGCACCAGCUACGGUUGAGCUGCCACCAGCCAACACAGAGGAUGUCGAAACAAAGCGUACUGUCGAAGAAGAUCAAAUUUCAACCGGAAGCACACAAAGCACAGAACGUUCUCCACAGCUAUUCGCCAAGGUAAUGCAACAUAUCGGCACACGGCUUGUCGCACUCAUGCACGAGGUAAACAGUGGCAAUGAUUCGCACGGCACCAAUUCACCAAUUGCGCCACAACGCAAUCACCACAAACGGCUGCAGGCCAAAAUAUCCAUUACCACCACGGAGGAUGAAGAAGAGAGCCCCUCGGAGAGUGGCGAACAAGCAAAAUCGACACGCAAUACACAUCUGACAACACAACAGCAACACCAUUUCGCUUAUCAACACCACCUACACCAACCGCAUCAUUUGUCACAUCAAACGAAAUCGAACAAAGCGCUACAGGACGAAGCGAACAAUCUCGCACGUAGCAAAUCACACGAUCUACUACUCGACUCAGCCUCGACAUCGGCAGCUUGUAGCAGUGUUAGCGGUAGCAGUACAAGUGCGACACGUCCACACCAUCAUCAGUCGAGCAGCGGUGUCAGUGACACCGCCGGCGAGGAGUGUGGCGUCGCCAGCGAUUAUGAACGUUUCUCGUGGCGCGGUAGUUUUGAGUCGGCAUUACUGGCUAAUGGCGAUUCCAGAACGAAACUCAGUCAACUCGAUCGUGACAACUCAUCGUCUGCGUCCGCUUUGGCCGUUGCAAAGCGUCGUUCGGCAGGUGAUCUGUUGUUCAACCACAAGAGUAUGAGUCGCGAGCAGCUAGAUCGUGUGCGCUCAUGCGGUAGUAUCGGUGGCGGUGAUGAGCGACAUCAAGAAUUGGAGGCAUCACCGGCCAAACCAUGGGUGACCUCCAUCGAUUGCAAAGAUGUGCGUCGCUCAAGUGUGCCGGAUGCCAUCUACGAAUCGGAUUCAUCGGAUGAGGAUACAUUUGGAGCGCGUUCAACAUUACCACGUAGCCUAACUGGUGUUACACAAGUGGCCAGCACCAACUCGCUGCCACGUCUACCCACUACAAGUAUGGGCGCAGCCGCGGCGUCAUGCGCAAGUCCAAGCGCUGCACAAACAACAAUCGCAACUUCGACGCCGCUCACCAAAUCGCAAGGUGCGCUCAAUUACAACUCAAGUGGUAGCGCGAAGAGCGCGCGUUAUCGUUCGCCAAGCCUGGCGAGUCGCGCCAGUGCAUCCUUGAGCGCCAAGAAGUCCAGCGCCAGCUUGGGUUUGCAGCAUUUCCUCUACUCGAAGCGUGAUGCGCGCAAGCGCUUGAAUAUGUCGGGCGAGGAGGCCAAAGCAGCCGCCGAGGAAUCCAACCAAUCGCCCGUUAUUGGCAAACGCAAUGAGUCCACAGCGAGUCCGAUCCAGUCACGUGGCAGCGGCACCAGCGAAACAUGGCCAGCGCAAUCGGAUGAGGAUAUCGAUCGUUUGGUGGCGAUGCAUCAAAAUCGCGAUAGCCUCAGCUCAUUGGGGCUUCGCUCGGAUUCCAUGGCCAGCGUUUACUCUGGCGCCGGCGAGGGACGCUAUGGCACUGUGGUGGUCAAAGGUCAAGUCGAAUUCGGCAUGCAAUACAACUACAAACUGGGCGCACUGGAGAUACAUGUGGUGCGCUGCAAAGAUCUCGCUGCUGUCGAUGUGAAGCGCAAUCGCAGCGAUCCCUAUGUCAAGGUCUAUCUACUGCCCGAUAAGUCGAAGGCUGGCAAACGUAAAACCAAAGUCAAGAAGCACACACUCAAUCCGAUCUUCGAUGAAAUAUUACGUUUCCACAUGCCCAUCUCCAGUCUGGAGUCGCGCACCUUGUGGCUCACCGUCUGGCAUUCGGAUAUGUUUGGACGCAAUGAUUUCCUUGGCGAGGUUAGCGUCAGUUUGCAGGGCAAAGUAUUCGACAAUCCACAAUCACAGUGGUAUCUGCUGCAGGAGCGGAGUGAACCCUUCGAUGAGAUAGCCACCUAUCGCGGUGAUAUAGUCGUCGGCCUGAAGUACAUACCACCAGAGAUGGUACGUCCGGGCUUCAUGCGUAGUUCCUCCACCAGCAGCGGUAGUUCACAACUGCGUAAAUUUGGUAGCAUCAAAUCGGUGGCAUCGCGCUCCGAUCGCUCCACAAAAGGCGGUCAACUGCAUGUGCUCGUGAAGGAAGCGAAACAUUUGAGUCCGAUUAAAGUGAACGGCACUUGUGAUGCCUUCUGUAAAAGUUAUUUACUGCCCGAUCGCACGCGUAGUUCCAAACAAAAGACGCCAGUUGUCAAACGCUCAUUACAUCCCAGUUGGAAUUAUACUUUCAUCUAUGAGGACGUAUCGCUGGACGAUUUGUCCGAACGUGCACUCGAGCUAACGGUGUGGGAUCACGAUCGUUUGGCGAGUAAUGAAUUCCUCGGCGGUGUACGCUUUUCACUGGGCACAGGCAAAAGCUAUGGACGCCCCGUGGAAUGGAUGGACGCAACUGGCAAAGAGCUCUCUUUGUGGCAAAAUAUGAUUGAUCGUCCGAACUUCUGGGUCGAAGGCAGUCUAAUAUUAAGAUCGACACUAGACGGUAUACGUGCAAUACCGUAAAUGUAUUACUGCUGCACGGCAUGAGUAAACCCAAGUAAACACAUUUUUGUACCAGUACAAUUUGUAGCUGUGCGUUUAGAACAAAAAAUAUCAAAACACUAAAACAGUGUUGGAAAGAAAAAAAAAAAGAAAAAGAUUGAAAAAUCUUAGGACAAAAGUGAAAAGUAAAAAAUGCAACUCAAAGUUAUGCAAGACACAUACCUAUACAUAUAUACAUUCAUAUAUUGCGUACAUAGUGGAGAUACAUAUAUAUAUAUAUAUAUUGUAGUAUAUUAAAUAUAUAUGUAGGCAAUAUAACUGUAAGAAAUAUUUGUAGUUAAUAAUGAAUUUGUUUAACUAAGUUCUACAUUAAACGUUUGCAACUGAAAAGCAUUAUAGCAUUUAGAAAACUAUACACUGAAAUGAAAUGUAGAAAUUGAGAAAUUGUGUUUGAGUUUUGAAAAAAUCAAAAAAACAAAAACAAAACAAGCAAGAAAGACAAUUAAACUAUGCAUAGAUGCACACAUACAAAGAAAUGUAAAAAUUUAGUAUUAAAAAAUGAAAAAUUAAAUGAAUUUUAUAAUAAAAUAUAAACGAAAUUUAAUUGAAUUAAACCAAGUUCAACCAAAAUUGCCAAAAAACUAAAAAAAAAGAAUGGAAAAUUGAAUUUGAUAAUGAAUAUAGCAAUUGAAAUGAAAUGAGCGGCUUUUGGGAACGAUUUUGAAUACUCGAAUAUGUUGAAUGAGCAAAUAAUUUGAAUUUUAAACAAUUAACAUUAAGGAAUUAAGAAUGUUGGAAGUGCAAAAGUGAUGUAACUGUGAAAAUAGAAUUUGUAUAAAAAAUCUGCUUAAAACAAUUGUGACAAUUUGCAAAUAAACUGACGAAAGUUAAAUCAGAAAAGUAUAUUAAAGCAUUAUUAGUUAAGCCAAAAGCUAAGCUUAGAACAAAUUAUGUUUGCGAAAAUUACAAUUUAAGCAUGCUUAUGUAAAAAAAAAACAGACAAAAGUUCACACGACAUACAGUGAAGAUGGAAAUUUACCAGUUUUUACAAAAUUUGACAAAAAAAGAUGAAAUAUUUAAACAAAUUAAAUUUUCUAUAUUUUCAAAAGCAAAUUUAUGAUGCCAUUGGCCAUUGCAGAUUUAUAGAAAUUCGAAAAGUUUAUAUUAUAUAUAUGUACAUAUAUAUAUAUAUAUACAUAAAUACAUAUGUAUGUCUACAUAGGUAAUACAGCAUAUCAAAUCAAAUAAAAUUUAAUUAAAUUCACAUAAGUUUUCGAAAAAUAUUGAAAAAAAUUUCAAAAAUUACAUACAUAUAUACCAGUAUAUACGCAUUAAACGCAAAAUCACAUAAAUUAUUGGCAGCACUCAACUGCUGUUAGCGCCAAAAAUGCGCGAAAAAAGAAGUUUACAUAACCUUAAA